CUCGAGUCGCUGUCACACUGGUGUUGGGAAAAUGAUGGAGUUCGGGAAGUCGGAGCACUCACUGCACAGUAAUAGCGCCUCGGAGGCGUCGGCGGACUCCGGCAGCCUCCUGGCGCUAACGCCUGCCAAGCGAGACCGGGAGCGACGGAAAUCCCCCGCCACCAGCUCUACAGACAACACCAGCAUAAGCGUCCAAGCGCCGAUGUCGCCAUCGUCCUCCGUGGCGGAUACCACAUUCGAGCCAACCAUAGACAUGAUGGUAAACGACUUUGACGACGAAGCAACUCUUAACGAGGAGGAGGCCCUUGCCGACAUGGAGGCGCAUAGUGCCGAGGACGAGAUCGCCACACUGCGGGAGGAGAGCGAGAUGCCUAUAGAGGAGCUGUUGGCCAAAUAUGGCGGUAUGGCGCCUUCCCCGGCAGUCAGUAGCUCCAACCGCUCAAGCAGUUCAAGGCGCGCGCGUCGUGCCACCAAGCGCCAAUACCAGGAGCUAGACAUGGAGACCGCGCACACAUCGCCAUCAACGUCCAGCAGCGCCUCACAACUGGAAAAACCUAUGGACAGUGUGGAUCUAACACAACAUCAACCGAAAGAAGACGCACUGAAGGAGGCAUCGCUCCCAGAAACAAUAGAGGAUUCCCUAGAGGGACCACCAUCCGACAGUUCACAGAAGCCGCAUCGGUCUCACUUGCUCGACCUGUAUCCAGACGAGUCCUUCAGUAACUUAGCUCCUGCCGGCCCGUUAGAAGAGGUUGAGAGAUUCACCCCGAUGCAGACGCUCUUUGACGAGGUGGAGGCCGACGAGGAGGAAGACAGCGAGUCUGACACAGAGGACAAGAAGAUAAUAAUGGUGGGCACUGACUAUCAGGCUGAGAUUCCGGAGGGCCUCUCCCAAUAUGGGGACAUUUUACCGUACGAGAAUGAAGAUCAGUUGAUAUGGGAGCCCAGCCAGGUCAGCGAGCGUGAAGUAGAAGACUACCUGGCGAAGAUUCAGGACACGCGAUCUUUUGUUGCCUCAGAGGAUGAUACAGAGAGCGCGACCGGCGACGAGUCAGCUCCGAUUUCUACAGCAAACCUUUCCAAUCCUCCAGCACCGCCUCCUGUCCCUUCUGCUCCACCAAAAGUUCAAAUAGCACCUGCCGCUGGGGAUGUGGAACAGGUUGUGAAGGACAAUGAGCAAGCGCUGCACCUGCUCGUUCAGUGCGGCUAUGACUUCAAAGAGGCGUUGCGACGCAAGCGCAUGAAUGUCGUGCCACUGAGUGACACAAUGAGCAGUUGGUCGGAGGAUGAGUGUCAAAAAUUUGAGGAGGGCAUCCAGAAGUAUGGCAAAGACUUUUAUCAGAUCCGGCAGAACCAAGUGCGCACGAGGACAAUGCGCGAACUGGUACAUUUUUAUUAUCUCUGGAAGAAAAGCGAACGCCGCGAUCAGAGCUUUGCUCUUAACGACACCAUCGACCAUAUGGAUGUCUUUAUUAAUGAGGCUGGCGCCGGAAAUGGGAAUGGUGUGGUGACCGGCAACGGCAGUUGCUCGCCGCAUAGCAGUAAUGGGCACAGUAAUGGAGAAAUAUCAAUUAUGGAGAAGGAUCCUACUGCCAGCCCCCGAAAGUCGAGCUCCAAGAGUUAUUCCAUCAUGACGGGGGGCCAGGCGGCAGGAGUAGUAGUCGCCGGAAGCAGUCGAAAGCGGGGCACGUCUUCAUCAAUUGCUCAAGAAGAUGACGAGAACAUCGAGGAGGAGCCAAGCUCGGUCAAUGUGUAAACGAAAAUAGUGCAGGGAUUUGUACCAUCUUAACACCGAGCGCAGGCGCUAUCUAUCCGACUGGGCAAGGCCAAGUAUUAGGCGGGCAACUACUUUUCCAUUACCAUUCAUUAUAAAUAUGCAUACCUAACGUGUAGUAUAUAUCAUAUGUCUAAACAUAUAAAUUCCAGAUUCUUAAAUCAACAUCUCUCAUACCCUGUAAUGAAUUUCCUUAUUGUUAAGCGUGCGAUUCGUCUAUUUGUUAAAAGCCAGUGUGGAUUCCGAAACCGAGUACUUACGGCUUAUAUAUACAAUAUAUUUUCGCUCACUUCUUGAGUUUCGUUGAAUGUCAAUAAAUAUAAUCUGUAUAUCUGUGAAGUGUGGAA